AUGCCAAACGCAUAUUGUGUGUUGUGUGGUAAUCGCGAUAAAUUGGUUUCAUAUUAUACAUUUCCGAAAAAUAAGGAAUUUCGUAAAAAAUGGCUGUCUUUUUGUGGCAUCAACGAAAAAGUUUUGAACACAACAACUAAAUUAUGUUCAAAUCAUUUUCAAAAAGAAGAUAUCAUCAACAAAGCGAAAAGUUCAAUCAUUAAGCCCAAUGCUGUGCCGUGCAUUAUUAUUAAAAAGAAAAGGUUACACAUAGAAAAUGUACCAUUGAGCGAAAAUUAUGCAAUAAUAAAUCUUUCACCGUCAAGUUAUGAAAGAACUGCCAAAACUGAAACAGUUGCAGAAGAAUCUAAAACAAAUCAAAUUGCCACUGAUGAAAUCAUUGUCGAGACUGAAAAAGUUACAGAAGAGAUUAGAACAAAUCAAAUUGCCACCGAUGAAAUUGAAAAUAUGUAUUUUAACAAUGCAUCUCACAAAGAAAAUAUAGCAGUAAAUCGGCCAUCAACACCAUUAAGUUCUAGGAAUAUUGAGUGCUUUCAGACAUCUAUCAAAACGUACGUGUACCUCGCUAUGUUGGUGACAUUCAAAUGUCACAUAUUUAUACACCUAGAAGAGCUAAAAGAGCUUUAAAUAUAGCA